AUGAUUUCUUCAAGUUGUUGGGUACCAAGAGGGUUUGCCUCAGAAUUUCCGGAAAAAUAUGAGUUGAAUGAUGAAGAAAUGGAGAGAAUUACUGCAAUGGCUAACCUUGAAUUAAACGACGCUAAAGAGGGAUUGGAAGAAGCCCAAGACGAAGAAUCUGAAGGAAAGAAGACCAGCCAAUUGAAAGACCAAAUCGAAUUAGAUGACGAUUUAAAAGAAUACGAUUUGGAAAACUAUGACAAUGAAGACGAUGGAACCGGAGGUGAAAAUAUAACCAUGUUCCCAGGUUUAUCAAACAGUGACGCUAAAUACCACCAAGGUGACGACGGUGAAAACGAUGCAUACUUGAGCUUACCAACCGAGGUUGAUCUUCAAGAAGAAAAAAAAGAGUCUCAAAUAUAUCCAACUGAUAACUUAGUUUUGGCUACUAGAACUGAGGAUGACAUUUCGUAUCUUGAUGUUUACGUCUACGAUGACGGUGCAGGUGCUCCUGAAGGCGCUGAUGAAGAAGAAGAAGAUAAAUUCGAUGCGGACGUCGCAAAAGGAUUGGUGAGAGAUUCCAACUUAUAUGUUCAUCACGAUAUAAUGUUACCUUCAUUCCCAUUAUGUGUUGAAUGGAUCAACUAUAAACCAGGCCAGACUAAUAUUGAAGAAAACGAUAGCAAUGUUGGUAAUUUUGCUGCAGUCGGUACUUUUGAUCCUCAGAUUGAAAUUUGGAACUUGGAUUACAUAGACAAGGCAUUCCCAGAUUUGAUCUUAGGUGAACCACAGCAAAACUCUUUUACCGCUUUAUCUAAAAAGAAUAAGAAAAAGAAGAAGUCAAAAAAUCAUGUUACUACUCAUCAUACUGAUGCUGUCUUGUCAUUAGCACAUAAUAGAACUCAUAGAAAUGUAUUAGCAUCUACUUCAGCUGAUCAUACCGUUAAAUUAUGGGAUUUAAACAACGGUACGGCUGUCAGAUCAUUGAACAAUAUCCACGCUAACAAGACCGUUUCCUCUUCCCAAUGGCACUCCCAAGAAGCAUCAAUCUUAUUGACUGGUGGGUAUGAUGGUACUUGUGGUAUAACUGAUGUUAGAAUUUCGGACGAAUCACAAAUGACAAAGAACUAUAAAGUAGCUAAUGGUGAAGAAGUUGAAAACGUUAGGUGGGGACACAUACCAGAAAUUUUCUAUGCUGGUACUGAUAAUGGUAAUAUCUACUGCUUUGAUGUUAGAACAGUCGACAAACCUUUAUGGACUUUACAUGCCCAUGAUGCAGGAAUUUCAUCUUUAGAUGUUAAUACUCAUGUUCCUGGAAUGUUGAUAACUUCUGCUAUGGGUGAAAAAGUUGUAAAACUUUGGAAAUGUCCAACAGAGGGUAGCAAGGGUCCUUCAAUGGUCUUAUCGCGUGAUUUUGGUGUUGGUAACGUUUUAACAUCUUCUUUUGCUGAUGAUAUUGAAGUCGCAGGAAACUUGACUAUUGGUGGUGUCAGUGGUGCAUUAAAGAUGUGGGAUACAUUUUCAAAUAGAUCGGUUCGUAACUCGUUCCGUGAUGAAUUAAAGCAAUUACAAGUUAAAGCUAGAGCUUCAGCAAAAGAUCAAGGCAGAGCUUCCAGACUUGCUAGAAAAUAUCAAAAUGACUCCCAUAAAGAAAAUGUUAUGAGUGUUGAAGCAGGUGACCUAGAUGAUUCUGAUUCUGAUGAUGCCGAUGCUGCUCAUGAUAUGGAAGAAGAUGAAGAUUGA